AUAAUUUUUUUAAUUCUUUGUGCACAAUCCAAAUGGUGUAAGUAAAAAAACGGAGGAAGUAUACCUUUACAAUGCGGUCAAUGCCCACAAACUAGAGCUAACAAUGCUUGACUGGAGUCGAUAACCUGACUCGACCCCAACCUAAAGUUAAUGAAAUAAACCUGAACUCGACCCAUUUAUCACAUUAUGUUUUAAACCAAGUUUUACAUUAUUUUUGAUUUUUUUCGACACAACCUUCCGGCCCGAAAUUAAACCCGAAUCCGACCCGUUGACCCAAAUUGCCACCCCUUGCCCAAACAGUAAAACAGAGGGAAACUUGUUUGGUGAAAAAGGGCGGUUAAUGUUAAUCCCUGAAACAAGACAAUGACAACCCAGAAAAAGAUAGCAUCCGAAGCUCCCAAAAUGGGAGGAGAUUCAUUACCACUUCAAAAGAAACAUCACAAUGUAUUCAUCUUCACCUCCAUUCUUUUCAUCUUCUCCUUCUUCCUCGUACUCCUCAUCUUUCUCUCCAGCCAACGAUCUCUUAACUUCCUCUCUUCUCCUUCCAUUGAUCCAGAUCUCUUUUCUUUGACCACCACUACCGCUAUCACCACCACUAACACCACUGUAUCACCACCACCUUCUUCUCUCUCUCCUCCACCUCCUAUACCAUCUACAGAAUCUAUACCACCUCCAGAAUCUACACCGGCCGAAUUAAUAGAGACUGCGGAUGGCCCAAUUGAGAAAAACGAGAAUGUUGGUUUUGUUAAUGGAUCUAUUCCUGAUAAUGGUGCGGGUCAAGAAGAAGUAGAAAGGGUGGAAAUUUCGGGUAAAAAUUGUAAUUUGUUUAUGGGUAAAUGGAUUAAGGAUGAUGGGUACCCGGUUUAUCAACCGGGUUCUUGUCCUUUUGUUGAUGAAGCUUAUGAUUGUCAGAGUAACGGACGGCCUGAUUUUGAGUAUUUGAAGUGGCGGUGGAAGCCUGACGGCUGUGAUCUUCCCAGGUUCAAUGCGACCGACUUUUUGGUCAGAAUUAGGGGUAAAAGAUUGCUGCUUGUUGGAGAUUCUAUGAACCGGAACCAGUUUGAGUCAAUGUUAUGCCUUCUUCGUGAGGGACUUCCUGAUAAGAACAAAAUGUAUGAAGUCCAUGGAUAUAAAAUAACUAAAGGAAGAGGUUUCUACAUCUUCAAGUUUGUGGACUUCAAUUGUACUAUAGAAUAUGUGAGGUCCCAUUUCCUUGUAAAAGAAGGAACUCGCGUUAAUGGACAAGGAAACUCAAACCCGACAUUAUCUAUCGAUAAAGUUGAUAAGACAGCCAAACGAUGGAAGCAGGCUGACAUUCUUGUUUUCAAUACUGGCCACUGGUGGACUCAUGGGAAAACUUCAAGAGGGAAAAGUUACUUUAGAGAAGGCGACUAUGUUUAUCCAAAGUUUGAUGCAGUUGAGGCUUAUAGAAAGGCCCUGAAAACAUGGGGAGAUUGGAUAGACAAGAAUUUGAACCCUGAUAGGCAAUUAGUAUUCUAUCGUGCAUACUCUAAUGCGCAUUUCAGGGGAGGAGAUUGGGACUCGGGAGGUUCAUGCAAUGGUGAAACAGAGCCCAUAUUAAGUGGGUCGUUUCUAGAUGGAUACCCAUUAAAAAUGAAAAUAGUUGAAGAUGUUAUCCAACACAUGAAGGUACCUGUGAUAUUACUAAAUGUGACAAGGUUGACGAAUUUCCGUAAAGAUGGGCACCCAUCAGUUUAUGGUAAAAUGAGAAUAAAGGGGAUGAAAGUUUCUACAAGAAAGCAAGAUUGCAGCCAUUGGUGUCUUCCUGGUGUUCCUGAUGCUUGGAACGAAUUAAUUUAUGCAACUUUAGUUUACCAACAGAGGACAGCUUCUUCUAUAAGUCAAAUACAAUAAUAGGAAAACAAAUAUUCUGCAAAUCGAAUUCAAUUUUGAGAAGGAUAUGAUAUGAUGUAUCGAUGCAACACGUGUAAAUGUAUCUGUAUUCUGUUAUGUGCAUGAAAUACAUCUGCAUAGCUUAAUGUAUCAGAUGAGUUGAUUGACCUAGAGUCAUGGAAUGUAUUCUUUAAUCUUUAUAGGUAAAAGAUCGUUUACGAAGUACUAUGUAUUAUGUAUAAGAUUAGUUAGUCCAGCUUAAGAUGAGUGAGACUCUGUUCGGGUUUCUUUACAGGUUUUCAGUUUUCCUGAUCAAUGGAUUAUGAUGUUCAAACUUUUUUUGUAUGGUUGUUUCUUUUACUCGGGGAUUCAUGACAUCAAUAAUUCAAUAUGACUUGUUAUUCUUCCUGGAAAAA